AUGGUUUUUACUCACCAACCCUUCCUUACCUCGGACUUAAUGAACUGGUCCGACAAGAUGCCCUCUCUGCGGGAUGACCCCGACAAAUGUCACCGCCAGGUGGCCACUAUCUUCUCCACCCACAACCCAACGUGGGCGGAUGUACAUAUGUUGCUUGGGGCUCUUUUUAAUGAGGCAGAAAAGAGGGAAAUACUGGCAAAGGCAGGAGAAGCUUUAGCUCAGGAAGGCUAUCAACCGAACCGACCUGCCUCAAUGGCCCCACUGACCGCCCAGACGCUACUUAAUGACCCUGACUGGGACUAUAACACUGAAAAUGGCAUAUGGGGUUUAAAAAAUUUUAAGAAAGCCAUCCUAGAUGGUAUUAAAGCUGCGGGACAGCGAACCGUGAACUGGACCAAAGUCCAAGCCGUCCUUCAAGGACCUGACGAACAUCCAUCCGACUACUACUCAAGGCUAGUCUCCGCCAUUAAAACCUGGGGGGGGGGAAUAGAUCUGGAGAGCCCGCAGCACGAAGUAAGUCAAGGGAUUUUUCAAAGAUCAAGCUACACCCGACAUUCGGAAAGCAUUAAACUCGCACCUGGGGUAUGAUGAAAAAACCAUAAACGAAAUCCUUUCCAUCGCUAAGUCCGUUUUCAACUCAAGGGAUGAACGGAAAAGAAAAGACCAAAAGCCCGAUCUUCCACGGGUGUUAGCCUAUGCGGCUGGGGUUCCUACCCCCAAAGAAAAAUUUAAGGCAUGGGGGCCCGAGCUACUAGAUGACCGCGUUUGUUUCAAUUGUGAUGAAGUAGGGCAUAUAAGAAGAAAUUGCCCCCUUCUGACAGGAUCCAAAAAGACCGAAUAUAGAAAUCCAAGACCGUACAGAUCAGACUACAGGGAAACCACCCACCCCAGAUAUAGGGAGUCUACUCCUCCAUACCGACCUAAUCAAUCCCCGACCCGAAUGCAACCCUACGCAGAACCCCCUCCUCCACAACCACGACCACGAAAUCAACCCCACGACGCUACCAACCCCUUUAAACAGGGAGGUCGCUCCACAAAUCCAACUCAUGAGAUGGUAA